AUGAACUUAUUCCCAUCACUUAAACUGUUACUGUCACUGUUUUCUUUCAAAGCGGCAGAAUGGUACAGGAGCACGGUUAACUACUGGCCUUUUGAAGGUGUCCCAAACCGAACCGUCACCGACUACACGGGUUCUAAUAACGGAAAAGUGAACGGUGGGUUCGCUACUGUCUCGGGCAUUGUCGGUUCAGCUCUUGCUCUAUCUGGGAAGGAUUCUUGGGUGGAUUUCGGUGUAGUGCCAAUCUCGUGUCUUAACAAGCCUUCAACCUGCGAUUCUGGUUUUACCAUCGCGUUUUGGCUGAAAAUCCCUGAAUUUCAAGGCAACAAGAUCAUACUACAGUUGGGCGAACACCGCUAUUCGCGAGGAUUUACGGUCUGGACGCGGAAAAGCACGAAAAAGAACAUUGGUUUUAGUAUUAAUACCCGCCUGCGUAAAUACCAGUGGCUACAAGAAUGGAACAGCGGAGAUUGGAAUCACAUAGCUCUCAAAUGGGACAACAACACCCAGUCAUUGCAAAUCUUUGUAAACUGCUCUCUAGCUCAAGUUGUUAACACAAGUGAGCCUGGUGAGCCGGUCGAACAUGACAAGCCAUCCAGGCUGAUAUUAGGAGCUAGUCACGCUUUGAAGAAAAACAUAAAACUGUUGGUGGAUGAGUUUGCCAUCUGGGACCGCCUUCUAUCCAAUGUCACGCUGUGUGAGUUGUUUCACAUUCACUCAGGUCGGUAAAUCUUUGUUGCGUUCAAGAACUUAAUGAGAAUUAAAGGUAAAUAAACUUACGUGUUGACAAAAAAAAUUAACAAGCGGCCUUCAAUUUUCAAAAGAAGGUGUUAACGAGAGCAAAGUACCGCCGGGCGGUUACAAGAUUUGAAAUGCUGUCCAUUCACAAGGUUUAAAUAGACGUUAUAACGCAGGUGACGAACUUUUUAGCUUUUCUCUUCCCUUUCUGUAAUAUCUUCUCCUCUCAAUUAAACUCCGAGAUUAUUUAUUAAUUUCUUAAUCUACAGAAGAUCUUUUUUAUAAAAGAAAGCUAACAAAAGUGAUGAAAGAUUUACCUUAAAAUAUUACUUUUUCCACUAAUGAAGACGAUGUAUAAUUAAUGUAAUAAGGCCCGCGUUAACACUAAUUCGUUAUGAAUUGAAAAACCGCAAUUUCCUUAGAGGUAAAUGAAACUUUUGCAGUAAUUCAAGGGAAUUGAUUCAUCAGGGGUUGUGCUAACUAUUUUUACGAUUUUGGAGCAUCAGUUUUUAUUUUUCAAUUUAUUUUUCUCAUUUUUUAAAUAUUUCUUCUCGGUGAGGUAGUUGUUGUAGUUGUCUUUUGCAUUACUUUGGCAGGCGCGGUUAAUUACUCAUUUAUCAGCUUCGCUGUUUUGUGUGUAUGUUGCGGUUCAAUGUUAUGCUUGGUUUAAAUUUUAAUUUCAUUUGCCUUAACUCAUUAUCAUACUUUGCGAUAUCAAAGAACAAGGGUAAAUAUAAUUUAAAUCAGGGAUAAAGUUGAAUCACAACAGAUACUCCAUUAUAAUUAUUAUUAUUAUUAUUAUUAUUAUUAUUAUUAUUUUACUAUUAUUAUUGCUGCAAGCUGUUUAAAGCGAAAGUUCUAGAUAAGGUAUUCUAGAUGAGGUAUUCUUCUGAGCGUGUGUUCUAAGACGGUUUAAGUGUGCAGGCGAGAUGCUUUCCUGUUUCUUCUCUUUUGUUGAAAAUUCUGCACUACAAGACACAUAACAAUACAUAGAGCGAAAUGGUAUGUCGUGUACAUUUUUUACCUACAUUAAACGAAGGGUGACUUUCAGUGUUUACCUUACUUAAAUAAUUAGAUUAGUUCUACUGUGAAAGUUAAUUUGCUCAGAAAUACAGUAGGAGCAGGGGCCGGGGUAUCUCCUGACGCGAGAGCUGAUACGCAAACCUCGCUACUACGCAUGCGCUCUUGACCGCUUGUAUCCACAACAGGGCGAGACCCAUAUAAGCAAAGCUCAACAUUGCUCUGCAUGAAACUUGUCUGAUUGUAUUCGUUUAUUAGUAAAUAGCCGGAUUGACUGGUUACGAGUUUUCGACCGUGCUUUAAGAAGCCGAGUCAUGCCUUAUAACUGGAGUGUUGUUGUUAUUUGGCUAGAAAUGAGGUCAACUAAUUGUUUAUUACGUCCUAGUCGUAAAUGUGAACAAAUAAGAAAAGGAAUUGGUGGAAUUUUAUUUAGAAAUAUUCAACCUAAUGUUAAGGGAUUACAGUAAAAAUCAUGUAUGAAAUUAAAUGUCUUUUGUUUUAGUGAGUGGCAACUACAGCGAAUGGUCCGAGUUCAGCGCAUGCUCAGUCACCUGUGGCAACGGUGCAAUGAAACGUACACGGACUUGCACCAGUCCCCCACCGAAAAAUCGUGGUAGAAACUGUUCUUCUCUUGGGGCCGCUGAAGAAUUCCAGUUUUGUUUUCUAAGAAGGUGCCCUAUUCACGGAGGUUAUUCAGAAUGGUCUUCUUUUAGUAACUGUAGCAAAUCUUGCGGGACGGGCAUCAAGAGACGGUCCCGAAAAUGCUCGAAUCCCGAGCCUCAACACGGAGGAAGUAAUUGCUCUCAUUUAGGAUUAUCAAUGGAAGUAAAAAAUUGUAGCGAGAAACCUUGUCCUAUAAAUGGAGGUUAUAGCACAUGGACAGAGUUUUCUUUAUGUACAGUGUCUUGUGGCAGUGGAACAAGACAGAGGACCAGAAAUUGUUCCAAUCCAAAGCCCAUUUACGGAGGGCAAAAUUGUUCACAUUUAGGACCAAAUAUUGAAAUUGAAAUUUGCAGCACGAAUUUAUGCCCCAUUCAUGGUGGCUAUAGCGAUUGGAGUAAUUAUAGUGAUUGUACGAAAUCCUGUGGAAAUGGCUCGCAAAUUAGAACUAGAAAUUGUUCAAAUCCUGAACCAAAACACGGUGGAAGGGAUUGUUUAAGUUUGGGAUCACAUACAGAAAUAAUAAAUUGCAAUACACAUCAUUGUCCAAUAGAUGGUGGUUAUACACAGUGGACAGACUUUUCUAAAUGUACAAUGUCCUGUGGCAGUGGAACAAGACAGAGGAUUAGAAACUGUUCCAAUCCAAAGCCCAUGUACGGAGGGCAAAAUUGUUCACAUUUAGGACCAAAUAUUGAAGUUAAAGCUUGCAACACCAAUUUUUGCCCCAUUCAUGGUGGCUAUAGCGAAUGGAGUCAAUAUAGCGAGUGUACUAAAUCCUGUGGAAAUGGCUCACAAAAUAGAACUAGAAAUUGUUCAAACCCUGAACCAAAACACGGUGGAAGGAAUUGUUUUAGUUUGGGAUCAGACACUGAAAUACAACACUGCAAUACACAUCAUUGUCCAAUAGAUGGCGGUUAUACACCAUGGACAGAAUUCAGCGAGUGUUCAAAAUCAUGUGGGAUAGGAGAAAUAAAAAGGACGCGUAGCUGCUCCAAUCCAAAACCUCGAUAUGGAGGAAGUAAUUGUUCGCAUCUUGGUGUGUCUGUGGAAGUGCAAAGGUGUUUUCUCCGGAACUGCCCUGUGCAUGGCGGAUUCUCCGAUUGGUCAAACUUCGGUGAGUGCACGAGGAGCUGUGGAGUGGGGUUAAAAAACAGAACAAGACAUUGCACUAAUCCGGAACCAAAGCAUGGAGGAGAUUAUUGCACUGGUCUUUUUAUUGACUUUGAAGUGUGUAAUGUGUUUCAAUGUCCAAUUGAUGGCGGCUAUACUCAGUGGUCAGCGUUCAACUUUUGCAGCAAGUCAUGCGCGAAUGGCACAAUGAAAAGAACACGAAAUUGUUCUGAGCCUCCUCCUGGACCUGGAGGAAGGAAUUGUUCAUUUUUAGGACCUGCGGAGGAAAUAAAAGAAUGUAACACGUUCCCUUGUCCAAUCAAUGGCAGCUACUCAGCGUGGUCCAAUUUUAGUCAUUGUAGUAAAAGUUGUGGUAACGGAACAAUGGUUAGAAAGCGAACUUGCACAAAUCCUGAGCCUAAACAUGGUGGCAGAAAUUGCUUGUUUUUUGGUCCAUCGAAAGAAAUUAAAAGUUGUAAUAUAUUUCCAUGUGCUAUCCAUGGUAAUUUUUCCUCUUGGUCAUUCUUCAGUGUUUGCAGUAAAAGUUGCGGAAAUGGUACCAGAUCAAGAACUCGAAAUUGUUCAAAUCCUUUUCCAAAACAUGGUGGUAAAAAUUGUUCUUUAUUAGGUCCUCUUAUAGAUGUUCAGCAGUGUAACGUUUUUCCCUGCCCUGUCGAUGGAGGUUACACGGUAUGGGGAAACUUUACAUCAUGCACACGGUCUUGUGGUAAUGGUACUAAGUAUAGAAUUAGAAACUGCACAAAUCCUGCGCCCCGACACGGGGGUAAGAAUUGUUCUUUACAAGGACCAUCUCUUGAUGUUAAAACAUGCAAUUUACAUCCCUGCCCCAUAGAUGGCGGCUACACAAGUUGGUCUGAAUUUGGUUUAUGUUCUAGGAGUUGUGGGAGAGGAAAAAAGUAUCGCAGAAGAAACUGCACAAAUCCAGCACCGCAAUUUGGCGGCCGAAAUUGUUCAGCUUUUGGUUUGGCCAUCGAUGCGAGGGAAUGCUUUCUAAGAGAGUGUCCUAUUGACGGUGGGUACACGGAGUGGUCUGAAUUCUCUGCGUGCACAAGAUCGUGCAAUGGUGGAAGACAAAAACGAUGGCGAACGUGCUUCAAUCCCAAACCCAAAUAUGGUGGACGCGAUUGCGAAAGGCUGGGCCCGGCAUCGGAAAUACAGAGUUGCAACACGUUCCCGUGUCCUGUUCAUGGCGGUUACACCGAGUGGACUGGAUUCGAGCCGUGCACUCGUACGUGCGGCGGAGGCAAGCACAUUAGAAGACGAAGCUGCACCAGUCCACCACCGGCCCAUGGAGGACGAAAUUGUAGCGGACUGGGUCCAAGCAUUGAUUCCUUCGCAUGCAAUACUGAGAAAUGUCCAGGUUUGAGAUACUACUCUUUAUUUUGCCUCAAAUAGACUACCUUGCUAUUUGCACCCCUUAAGCUUGACUAACAUUUCAAUCGCUGACUGAGUCAGCUAAAUUGAUUCAGUAUCAGUCCUCCGAACUAUAGGCCUGGGUUUGAUUCCUGGUCGGACAGAGGUCGGACCCACCCUCAAGGUCUAUGAACGCAUGGGUAAAGGUAAAUGGUGAAGGUCCUUAUUUUACGUCGGUAACUGGUAACAGUACUCAUUAGAUCAACAAAAAGAAGCGGACGGUUAGCUCAUUUUACAGCAACCGCGGUAUUAGGUUCGACUCCUGUUGGGAGAACUCGAUUUUUUAUCCGUGUCGUACUCAGAAUGACCUUGUAUAUAGAAGACAACUUGCAAUCUGUUUGUUUCUUUACAUCUUAGAUAUCGUUUUUAACUCUGUUUUUUUUUUCAGAUAUCGUUUUUAACUUAGCUGUGAACCUGACAUCAGAAAAAUGGGAGGACGGAUUAACAAAUGACAGAAAUAACCGGGCAAAUCUGCUUAUCCUCAAAAUCAAGUUUGGAGUAUGUUACGUCUUUUGGUAUAUUUAGAGUUGCAUGUUAGUAUGUUAGUGGUACCCUGGCCUUAGUGUGAACACGACACCUAUGUCCAGAAAUGCACAAUGUACUUUGUAUUACACACAAUGAUUUGUAGUUUCCAUAUGACGUCGUGUUAAACAGGAUAGACUAGAGAAGUGUGGCGUCACAAAAAUUCAAAUUUGUGAAAUUAUGGUUAUGGUAGGCAUAUUCAGAAAAAACAUGAUGAAAAAAGCCCCUUUGCCAAAAGUUAGUCCGUUAGUGCAAAGCCAACCUCUCCUAGAGAAGUGUGGCGUCACAAAAAUUCAAAUUUGUGAAAUUAUGGGUAUGGUAGGCAUAUUCAGAAAAAACAUGAUGAAAAAAGCCCCUUUGCCAAAAGUUAGUCCGUUAGUGCAAAGCCAACCUCUCCCAUAGUUUCACAAAUUUAAUUUUUUGCGACGUCAUCACUUCUCUUCUCCGUUGCUUGCGUUUACAAGAGGAUAUUUUCUUAUGUGUACCAUAAAAGCCAUGAAUCUCAUAAGCGUGCAUUUCUUCAUAUUACUCAACAUUACAACAACCUGUCAAAUAAUAGUCAAGGAGGGGUACUUACUUGGUAGUGUAUUUCAGAGGUGGGUGUGGAGGGAUAAUUUGUUACAUUACUCUUAUGCCUUAUUUACACCCCAACAAAACGGGUACAAUUAAGCCAAGUUAAAAAAAUAUUAACAUUUUUAUCCGUAAUAAAAAAAUUAAUUUCUUCUACUUUUUUCACCUCAAUUUUCUCUUUGUUCAGUUGUCAAACAACCUGUUGCUUUGUUAAUCCCACAGGUUAAAGAAAUAAUGGGAGAAAAGGAUGUUUCUGAAGUGACAAAUUUCUCAUUCACGUAAGUUGCCAUUUUCUCUCUUUUCACGUGAACGAGAGCACAUGACACUGAUGUACGAGUAACAGUGCCUUAGUCUGAGGUGCUUUUGGGCCUGCCAGCUACAGGAUCUCUGGCUCUUUCCUUCUAGAAGCAAAUCCAGUUUUACCAGUUCCUAUUUUAUAUCUCAAAAAUUAAAAAAAGAAGAAGAAAGAAAAUCUAGGAAAUUUAUAUAGUAACCAAAGGAUAGUUAGCAAGUAUCGCAAUAGGUUGUUUCCGUCGUUGUAUUAUUUCCUUAGCAAAGACAGAGUCCAUCUCUCUAUCCAGUCGUAUUUAUUGACACGUGCAAAUAAAACUGACGAGAAAAUGCUUGUUGCUUCGCUUGGUGAACAGGCAUCCUUUAUAGGGGGCUGCAAUAUGAAGUGUCGGUUGUUUCUGUGUCACAUAAGCAACAGACUGCCAGAGUGAAACAAGAACGUAGGAGUCUAACCUCGAAAACAAAGACUAUUAAUUUCGAUUUGAUUUUUCUUUGAAGAAAGGGAAGCGUCAUUGCGGAGUUUUCUGUCAGUCUUCUUCAUCUUUCAUACGAAGGCAUCACUCCACUUCAAGACGUCAUUUACCGGGACGGAAGAAUAAAUGACAUGCCAGUCUCUCCUAUGAGAUUUACGUCACCAGAUGGUAAGUCUAUUUAACAGGGUUUUAUUUUAAAAUUUGCCUUCGUGUCCGAAAAGUUUCCGAGUCUUUCGAGAAACGGGCCCCUGAUGGGAUAAUUUGAUUUCCUUCUCUGCACUUGGCGCCAGUUAAGGUGAUGUUACACGGGACGAUUCGCAACAACGAUUUUAAGCGCAACACAGCGUUGCAAUGCUGGAACAAUGUUGUAACCAUUCGAAACAAUGUUGCAAUAAUAUUGCAACGCUGUGUUGCGCUAAAAAUCGUCGUUGCGAAUCGUCUCGUGUAACAUCACCCUUGCACGUAUUCGCUUCCAGUUCUGAUUGAUUUAUUUUCUGUCAGCUCGGGUUGUGAUUGGUCAAAAUUAUACCUCUGGUCGUCGGUUUCCCAAGCACUGCGCCGAAUUUCAGUUCUGAUUGGGUCAUUUUUAUCAGCUCGUGUUGUGAUUGGUCAAGGUUAUUAACGUGGUUGUAGUUUUCCCCGCGCUUGGGGCCAGUUACACGUAUUUGCUUAUAGUUCUGAUUGGGUAAUUUGAUUUCCUUCUCUAGCCUAAGUUAGUCGGUUCUAGUUUUACAACACGCAGUUGAAAAACACUCUGACACAACACAUUUCCCUCAAUAAUUAGAACUAUCUCUGGCUAUUAUCGCUUAUAAAACUAGUGAGCUUAAUAUUUCAAUGAAACUACUUAGUGUUGUUUUGUAAUUUUAGUCCCAGUGAUGGCUCCAGUCAGUAUAACAGCGGUAAAUACAAGCUCCACAGGAAUUGUCCUAAACUGGUUGCCUAUCCCAUUAAACUACUCCAACGGUCCCAUUCUCGAAUACAGAAUAUCCUUCAGGGACAAUGACAGCCACGAGUGGAUGGAAGUGAUCAAGGGAGAAAAUCUUUCAGCUCACGUGACUGGAUUAAAAAAGUUUACCAUGUAUCAUUUCAGAAUGGCGGGAAUUAAUUAUAGAGGAGUCGGAGUGGAUAGCUUUCCCAUAGCGGCAAGCACAGACGAAGAUAGUAAGCAACUGAAAAUUGGUCUCGUAAAUGGGUACAUGUGUAAAUUGUGUAUCAUAUGCGAUGCCUAAGAACCCCACGAGCAAAAUCCCUCUUUCACACACUCGGUUUUGAAGUUAUUGUGAAAGACUCUGCGUGAAACCCACGAUGAGCAUGCGCUCCAUGUUGCUAAGAUACAGUUUCGACCCCAGGCCUAAUAGUCGUGCGCUUGGUACAGCGGGCUCGUUAUGACCUUAGUUCUAUCAAUAAACGGGUGCUCGCACUCAGAAAAACCAGUUUGACGAGGGAAAACAAGAUUGACUAGUCAAGGGCUUAACGCGAUUAAGGCAGAGUCUUCUUUUCUCCUCGUUGACUAAGAAGGAGACAAAAGGAGGCUCUAUCUGCAGGGGGAUGCCUGAAGGUUGGUUUUCACUAGCGACGGAGUUGGAAUGGUAAUCAGAAGCGUAGAGCUUAUUAUCUAGUGAAAACAGCGUUCUGAUUCUGCUUACGACUCUGUCGCUUACGUUCUGCUUAUGAUCUAGUGAAAACCAAAUUGUCGGAGUCGGAAGCAGAAGCAGAAGAACUAAACAAAUCACAAAGCGUGGGAACGUGCAUUGUGAUUGGUUUAUCCUUCCACUUCUGCUUCCGACUCGGACAUUAUGGUUUUCUCUAGCUCAUAAGCGGAACGUAAGCGACGGAGUCGUGAGCGGAGACGGAAGAAAUAGAAACGUUCUGAUUCUUCGGACUCCGAUUCUGCCGCGCUUAGGGACUCCGCUUACGACUCCGACUUCUGAUUUUCACUAGACCAUAAGCGCUCUUACGAAUCCGCUUACGACUUCGAAUCCGACUCUGUCACUAGUGAAAACCAGCCUUAAGGUGUUUGGUUUGAUAUCAUUGUUUUUUCGUAAAAACUCGAAAUAAAACCAAUCACUGAAAAUCAUGGUACAAACAAGAUAUUUAAGUGAUGUUGUUGCCACUGAAAAUUUUAUUAAAUCAAAACGGAAGAAGUUUUGCAUGUUCAACUUUCAAGAGAGAAUAAAAAAUGAAUUUUUUACAUGUUCUUUUACUUACAGCACCGAGUAUGGCACCACUGGAUGUUAUAGCCAGCAACAGAAGUAGUACAACUAUUUACGUAGGAUGGUCUCCAAUUCCGCGGCAGUUUGCCCACGGAAUUCUCAUGGGAUAUCAUGUACACUACAUCAACACGGAUCCCGAGGGAUUUGGUGACGUCAGUAGGGGUGUUCACACAACUGAAACUGGUCGCACCUCGGCUCUGAUACAGGGUCUUCUGAAAUUCACGAACUAUCGAAUUCAGGUCAGCGGUUUUACGGUAAAAGGAGACGGUCCUCGAUCUGAUGUUGUUGUUGUCAAAACGGAAGAAGAUGGUAAGAAUAAAAGCAGUUGUAUGAAAAAUUAUAGCUGGUCUUGCGGCAGAGAUGUCUCUUAAGUAAAUUUAGCUGCUCCAGGAUUCCAUAUGGGCUACUGGCUGCUCUGACCAGUAAAAGGAUUUAUGUUGCGGAAUUCAUCAAUAUUUAUCCUGUGGUUACUUCCACGAAAGUUAGUGAAAUAUAAAAAUAACUGCUCAAAACAUGAAAAUAAGGUACAAAUAAUGCAACAAAUGCAAAAUGGGGCACGGGGGGAUAAACAUGAAGAAGAUUAAGACGGACUGCAAUUGUGGUUUUCGAGAACUUGUUAGGAAAACAGUUUUUCAAAGUUCCAGAUCGAAUUGGAAUUUGGAAGUGUUCGCUCCUAAGGAGAGGAGAAAUAGGAGAGAAACUUUCCAGAGUAACCAAAAAGAACGAGAACCCACAAAAAGGCACACCGGUUGGCCUAAUACAAUGAUGCAUUUUUAAAAAUGGCUGUCUUUGAUACCUUAUAAUGAAGAAUUGUUUAUCCGAUUUUAGUUCCUAGUCGCCCGCCAGCUAACGUCACAGGCAACAACAUGACGUCAACAAGCAUCAAAGUGAGAUGGAGUCCAAUCCCUUCUCGUUACGCGCACGGCAUUCUUCUCGGUUACAAUGUUUCUUUCAUAGCAACGGACAGUCGAGUCAACCGACGGUGGAGUACAAUAACUGUCAAUCAGUCUGCGGCUUCUGUGGUUGUUACCAAUUUGCGCAAGUUUACAAAGUAUAUGGUGACAGUUGAAGGAUUUACUAGCAAAGGCAGUGGAAUUGAGAGCAAAACUGUGGCUAUUACUACUGAUGAAGAUAGUAAGAUUAUUUUAAAUUUCUUUUCUAAUUCUUUCUGAAACUUUCAAUAACCGCUAGACAGAGGCAAGCAAAGUGAAGGUAUGGUGCGGGUUAAAAUUUGACGUGAGAAUUGAACUCAUUACAAUUUUCCCCUUCGCAAUGAUCCCUUUUUUUUAGAUUUUAAUAUUAGAUCACGUGAAUGGUCACCUGAUAUUCGUAGUAACAAAUCCUUUAAGGUCACUUUUUAAAGGCGUAUACCUCUCGAAAAUGGAAAGCUAAGAAAAAGUCUGGAUCAAUCUUCAGUUCUUUUCUUAAUUCUGAAUUACUCGGUUCGGUCUUCCGAUAGUCUUUUAAAUUUUAGCAAAAUCUGUAGGACAACAGCAUUUCUCACAGUUUCAAAGAUAAAAAGCGGUAAAAAAUGGCAAAGAUUCUAAGGAAGUUGUCACGACUUUGAGUUUGCAUCCUGACUUAAUCGUGCACUUUCGUGACCCGUGACCUACUGUUCAUAUGGCGUGACGUUAUCUUUGCUAUAUCUAUCUAUGAUUGUUGCAGUACCAGAAGCAUUCCCAACCAACGUUACUGGCUUCAACCAGAGCUCUACCUCUCUGUUUGUGGAAUGGCGACACAUUCCUCAGCAAUACAGAAACGGCAUUCUCUUGGGAUACAAAAUUUCCUACGCUCCCAAAAAAUCGUCUCAGUCAAUGUUCAGUAUGACUGUGAAUAGCACCAGAGAGUCCACGACUCUUGAUAACCUAAAGAAAUACACUUGGUACGUAAUUAAGGUGGCCGGGUUCACCAGUAAAGGACUGGGACCUCAAACUCCACGACCUCUUGAGAUUAGAACUAGCGAAGAUGGUGAGUCACGUGAUUUAUUGUUACGAUGCUAUCGGUAGUAAAGGAUGAUCAGAAUGAAAUUAGUGAAGUUGAUAAGUCAAGUGAUGCAUCAAAUGCAUCGCAUUGAUGCUAACUGUUGUAGAAAAACUGUUAUCCACUUACGUCAAGCAAAUAUUUAACGAAAUGCAGCCAUUCACUUUUUGUCAGGUUUUUUCCAUUUUAUGACCACGCACGUAGUAUCUUGCUGUCAUCUAGUGUCGUAGACGAUCACAGACGGCAUUAGUGUACAAGGGAUCGAAUUAACCUAUUUUGCUAGACGACAUCAUUAGCCUGACUACUUUGUCCUAGAAGAAAAUUUAGAGUAGUGUCAUUGAUUUGAGAUACAUUAACGUUCAUGACGUCAUGGUUUAUACUAAUUUAGUGCGUGCUCCCGCGUGCAAACUUGUAUGUCACACCCUCACUGAAAAUAAAUGAACCGUGACGAUGCUAUACUGUAUUCUUUUUGUAUUGUAUGUCAGUGUUCGGGGUGUAGAAUCUACCUAAGGGUUUAAUUUGUUCCCUACUACACUACUAAUAACUACAGACGCAAGCAAGCUAAAAAGUCAACCAUUACUUAAAACAAAUUCAUAUGGCAGUCACCAACAUGCAGAAAAAUGUUACGCAAGCACGCCAGAGUUGGCUUUUUACUGGCGCAACGCCUUUCAGCCGUUCAUAAAACGUAGAAACGCAUAGGUAAAAACCGACGCGGACAUAACUUUGACCACUUACCUAAAAACUUCCAUAUCCUCAUAGGUGGAUUUUAAGGAUAAGUGGAUAUCCUCAUAAAUGGUUGUGGGCUCCAUGCUAAAAUAUUAUGUAAUUAUUAUUAUUAUUAGUAAUGGUAACAGGACAGAGUGGAGUCCAAUUCGGCCUGUAAUCAUACGAGUGAUUAACAAAAUCGAUUUGUUUAAUCACGAGUAUGAUUACAGACCGAAUUGGACGACACGAAGUUCUGUUACCAAUUAAUCAUAACUUUAACAAAAUUUGUGAUAUAAUAGGCUAUUUUUUUAAUCAAAACACAAGAAAUUCGAAAUUUUGUUUUGCUAGCAGUGAAAAAAAAAGCCAUUUAAGCGCGCGCGUGAUGGCGCGUACUGUCCAAUUACUUAGGCAUAACGCGUACUGUCCUAUUAAACUGUCCAAUUAAGGCUGAAAUCAGGGCAGUUGAGAGCCAAUCAGAUUUGACAAUUUUUUUAUAGUUAUGAUUAUUAUUAUUAUCAUUAUUAUUAUUGUUGUUGUUGUUGUUAAUCUUAUUUCAUAUUACUGACUUUCAGUACCCAGCGAACCCGUUAUCUUAGUGAAAGGCCGCAACACAAGCCACACCAGCCUCUUUGUACAAUGGGACGAAAUACCAGGUGACUUUAUCCAUGGCGUGCUAUUGGGCUACAGAGUUCUCUUUUGGCGGUAUAAUGAAUCACGUGACACAUAUGAAACAAAACAACUCAGCACCAACGAACGUUCUGUUCAUCUGAGGAAUCUAUGGAUUUAUACCAAGUACAAAAUCCAAAUUCUUGGUUUCACGGCUGUUGGAGAGGGAGCAAUUAGUAAAGAAAUAAUCGUUUCUACUGAUGACUACAGUAAGUUCACUUAAUUUUUGAAAAUAAAGUUUUUUUAAUAAACUCGCAAGGUUCGAAUGGUUAAUGGCAAACCUGGAAAGUCAUGAAAUUUAAGAAGUUCAAUUUCCAGGCCUGGAAAAUGAAGAGAAAUUUACCUUAUGUUUGUGUAGUAGUUACUGCAGAUGUCAAAGCAAGGACAAAGUAAGACAUAAAGACAAGCAAUUAAAGGGCGCGAACGGCAGGCGUUUUUGUGGACACUAGAGUUUGGCUCUGUUGAACCGAGUUAGAACCGGUUUGGUGAAAAAUCACCAAAACGUUUUGAAUAGUUUCAAAAGUGACAGAAAGAAAAUUUUGUGGAAAAAGGGAAAAAGUCAUUGGCCAUUUGCACAUCUUGGUCCCCCCACCCCCCCACAAUUUUGCAUAGGAAAUGUUUUUAAUUUCUGUCGAGACGACUGUUAUAUUCAGGAGAAAUGAAUAGCAAAGGUUAUACAAAAGUUUGGGGGGCAAACAAGGUGUAUCAUGGAAGGUGUGCAAAUGGUGAAUUGAAAGUCAUGGAAUUUGAAGAACUCAAAUGUCUGCGAACCCCGACGGGAAAUUAAUUUGGGCUUAAAUGUUAUAAUUUGUUUUUCUUUUUUUUUUAUAUAGCCCCAAGUCAGUCGCCGAUCAAGGUUCGAGCAUUAAACAAGACGAGCCCAACUCAAAUAACAGUCCAAUGGAACCCAAUUCCCGAUAAAUUUUACGUUCAUGGAAUACUGCGUGGUUACAAAGUGCUUUACGGUGCAAUUGCUAUCGCGAACGAAAAACUCGAGGAACUGGAAACUUAUGAAGUGACAGUCGGGCCGUCAACACUGAUUGCUGUUCUGAAGAAUUUGACUGCUUUCACGAGAUAUGAGGUUCGAGUCUUGGCGUUUACAGUCAAAGGGGAUGGUGUGAAGAGUAAUCCCAUAAGGGCAGGUAAUUCAGAUGAUUAA